AUGGCUGCUGCACUCUGCCCCAGGUAUCCCGAGAAAUCCUUGGUGAGUAUCUCGACCAGUGUCUGUAUGAUGCAAUCUGAAAUCGACCCGGUAGUUGAUAUCUUUCAAUAUAGAGUUCUCACUAUCAAGAUCCAGGUCGUGGUUAGACAUAUGUGGCUACCCAAACUAGUGGUGGGGGUUUGCUUUGGUUACAGCGCCGGAGCUAAGGCUGGCUUCAAAAAUGAAGAGGCAGAAUCUACAUCUGAAGCGAAAGCUGAAGAUACAAAACACAUGACAAUCACUUACAACUUCCCUCGGGUUGUCCUCCAAUUUGAUGAAGACAGCCUGGAACUCUCCAAUGGAUGCGAGAAAGCUCUUGAGCAGCUUAGAGACAAGGGAUCUCUCCAGGCCUCUGCUAUCACUAGUUCUGCAUCGUCGAACACGAACAAGAACGAGAAUAGCAAUAGUUCAUUGAACGUGGGCUUGACGUGGGAGGCUAAAGGUGGCGACAUGACAUUAUGUUAA